CAGCGAGGUGAAACAUUUAAGCCCAGGUUUGGUAGAGAGACAAUCUGUCGAAGUUUAGCUUCUCUUAAUUUCACUGCUUUGUUUAAGUUAAUGCUCUUAAGGGCCUUUUUAGUAGGGACAAUUUGACAGCCUUUCCACAAACGGGACCCCACCAUGGGAUGCCUAUCAGUCACGCAUAAGCUGUGUAUCUCAAUUUGUUUGGGUUUUUUGGUGUACACGGCUGCAGAAAGACAGUACUUCACCAUUUCCCACAACACCACCUGGGAGCAGGCCAGGAACCACUGCCAGGUCUGCUAUAAGGAGAUGGUGACUCUGACUCCAGAAAACACCCACAUCGUCUCCAAAAUGGCCAACUCCGACCACUGGAUUGGCCUUCGCAAGUAUAUAAACUACAAAGGAACCAGUAACAACGAUACGCCCUGGACAGGGUGGGCCAACGGGGAUCCACUUUUCUUCCAGAACUGGUACCCUGGCUGGCCGGUGUUUAAAUCCCCUCUGCCAAAGAUUGACUGCUGCAGCUGCUCUUGCACCUGCCCGGUUCCCAACAGUACAACCACCAGCCCACCAGCUAGAUUUUCCAUCUCCACAGGUUCAAACACAGAAUCAAUGGUAACAAGCAACACUGAAGUGAACAGCGAUGCUGGCACCAGUGCAAGCAACACUGAAGUGACCAGCGAUGAGGGCACCAGUGCAAGCAACACUGAAGUGAACAGCGAUGCGGGCACCAGUGACCCUAGAAACACCACGAGCUCGCACUCACUCUGGUCGUCCACGCCGCAGCCGCCUGUCAUUUCAACAUGCGAAAGAGCUCCUAUGUUGCCGCCCAUCAUUCCAGAGAAUAAUAAAAACUACAUUGAAAACUCCUGUGUGGUCAUACUCAGGUUUGGGCCUUGGGUUGAAAAGGAAUGCUGGGAAAAGCUACCUUCCAUUUGUUAUGAAGACCGCUUCAUGGGGAGUGUCACCAUAUCCAAUAUCACAGCCUCCUCUGCAGCUCUGAUGUGGGAAAAGGGGCCUGGUGACAUCAGCGGCUAUCGCUUAGUGGUGCUCUCUGCUAAAGGGGACACGAAUAUUACCAAAACCCUCAAGAAUUUGAGCUAUGACCUUGAGGGUCUCAUUGCAGGCACAGGCUAUGACAUCCAAGUGUUUCCUGUGAAGUGUGGCAGGGACCUCAACCCACAGAACGGCACUUUCUACACCAUCCCUGGGAAGGUGGAGAACCUCACUGUGACCAAUUAUACAGAAACAACUGUCACUCUGAUUUGGAAGAAGCCUGAAGGGAACUACGGCUUCUUCAAAGUUACAGCUCAUUCUAACUAUGUAGACACUGAGUCAAUCGUUAAGGACAACAUAACUGCAGAAAGUUUGGUGUUUGAUGGUCUGACACAGGGAAACAAUUACACUUUCUUUGUCACCACCGGGGUGGAAGACAGGACCAGGUGGAGCGAUAUCGCCACUAUAUCAGAAUGUACCAGUCCCAGCAAGGUGUCCAAGCUGGAAGCGUUUGAUAACAGUGACACACACCUCAAGCUCAAGUGGGAGCCGCCAGAGGGAAAUUACACAGGAUUCGAAGUGAAAGCCAUGGAUAGAAAUUUGUUGGACCUGCAGGCUAAUGUGACUUAUCCGAAGGAUCUCCUUGCCAAACCUUUUGAAGUUGAGGUGAAGGGCCUGCCAAAUGGAAAACAGAUUAACUUCAAUGUGACGGCCAUCAGCAUUUGUAAAUUGAACGGAGCCACUGUACAUUUUACAACAUACACUGCUCCAGGACCCGUCUCAAAUCUGACCUUAGCAGCAGGUCCUGAAUGGGUUUCAGCCAAUUGGAGCUUUGAUUCUAAACAUGGAGAGGUUUCAAACUUCACAGCCGUGCUUUCACACAGUGGACACCUAGACCAAGAAAAAAACAUAACAGCAUAUAAUGUGACAUUUAAAGAUCUGAAAACUGCUACCAGAUAUACCGUGGACGUCUAUGCCGUCACUAACAAUCUGCGAAGUCCAAACACGACAAAUUUCAUUUUUACCUCCCCAUCUCCUCCUACUGACGCCAAGGUCCUCAACAGUACAAAAGACUCCCUCAAGUUUACAUGGACUGCCCCAAAAAACUCAUCAGCACGUGAAUAUAUCUGCAACAUCAAGUCGGAUUUCUGGAACACAGAUAAUAAUAAAACAGUCAAUGAAACCCACUGCAAGUUUACGGGCUUGAAGUCAGGAAGCACCUACAACUUUCAGGUGUUCACCCUGAGCGACAACACGACCAGUCAACCGGCGAAGUGCAGCGGGACGACGGUUGAGGAUCCAGUGGAAAUCGAUCUGUCAAUGCUCUGUUCCUCAGAAGCAACUCUGUAUUGUGACAAAGGCGAAACCAGGGAUAAAGUAUUUGAUGAUAUGAAAAAAUAUUUUGAGAAAGAGCUGGGACAACACGUUUACUAUAAACUCCAGAAGGGCAGCUCAACUUAAAGAUGUUAUGGAAGUUUUAAAGUUUGAUUUUUGAAACUCUAUUUGAGGAUUAGACAUGGUAAGAAACAUUAAAUGAUAACAUGAACCUUUAGUUAUGGAGUACUGAGGAACUUGUUAAGAAAAAGCUGAACAGUUUAUAAUUUUCUGUUAGUUUGCAAAUAGUUUUUAUACAUAUUCCAAACAAGCCAAGGUCUUUUUUAAAGCGUAGAGCAUUCUGUUUAAAUAGCUUUGAUCCGAUCUUUAGCCUUUUUCUGAGGAAUUUUCCUUCAGUUUGUACAGCGCCCAUUCACAACAUAUAUAAUCUCUUACUACCGUGCACCUUAAAUCCAAUUCCCAUUCAGAUGAUCCAUCCAGACAUGUAGAACGGUUCAAGCUGACCUGCAUAAAGCUCUGGUCUGUACAAUGUCUUAAAAACAAUAAAAAUCCAAACACACUCCACAUGUAUAUUAGUUUUAUUUUACUUUCAUGAUAUUUUUUUCUAUCAUUUACAGAGGAGUUUUAUGUACACAUUGAAAAGAAAUUUGUUAUUAAAAAAUAAUGUGAGUCUAUUAAACUUAAAACCCACUGCAACAACAUGGUAGUGUUAGCAGUGCUGCUGAUGGAAUUCAAAGUGGUUAGAUUAUCUAACGACUGAUUUAGGACAGUGAACAAACUGUAUCAUGUUAAUGCCUUUGUUAUAUUUAAAGCAGGCAGAUGUGGGGCCUCUGCAAUAGCUUUCUCUAUGCCUUAAAUCCAUCUCCAAAUCAGGAAAGCAAUUCAUCUAUUUACGUUAUAUUUUUUUACUAAUUUCAUAUCACAUAUCAUAGGUAAACCACAGAGAGGAGCAGCCUGUUUUAAACAGAAAUAGCAGCUGCUCCACCAAAGAAAAAUACCUAGAGAUGCUAUCUAGGGGUCCGUUUCAUGAAGCAGGUUUAACAAACUCUGAUUCAAAUCCACAUUUCUAAAUUGAUCUAGCCUAAAGUCGGGAACUCUGAGUUUUUGGUUUCACAACAGGUGCUAUGAAUUAAUUCAAUAAACUCUAAGUAGAGCCACUCAGAGUUAAGCGCGUGCGUAACAAGAGUGAAAAGCCAUUAUCGGUGGAGCAAUGAUCUGACGAGUCACCAUGGCAACGGGAAGUGCUUAUUUCACCCCACUGGAACCAGUGAUUUUAAUGAAAAAAUUUAAAAGAAAAUUGAGAAGAAAAAGAAACAACGCUACAGUGGCAAAGGAGACAAAGAUGGCGAAGGAGAAGAUUGUUGCCUGAGUUAAUGUGUACAUUUAUAGACAGAGGGCUAUGGCGAGACGUUUUUACAUUUAUUAAAAGCACUCUCCUCUAUGUUGUUACAUUUGCAAAAUUAGAUUCUUCCUGAUCAAAACCACAUUCCUAGAAUGAACUAUAAUAAUAUAUUUUCUAAAUAACAUUACAUAGUAAGUGUAACAGUAAGAACCAUUUGGUUGUAGGCAGUUGAAUCACAGAUAACUGAAUGAAUAUAUCUGAGCUUGCAUGUUUAAUAUGAUCCUUUCUGGUUCAUAAAAAAAUAAAAUGUAGCAAAUCUUAAAAAUCUCAGAUGUAACUUGACAAGCCGGCCAGAAUUAGUGAACAUCUACUGCUGCUUUCUAAAUUCUCAAUUUUCCUAAGUGCAUCUAUGCUAAAGAAUUACUGCUGGAUAGAUGGGAAAUACUGCUUUGUUGAAAUAUUGAUGCCCAAAUAGCUUUAUGCUGAAAACCUGGUAGAUCUAUCUAGUUUUGGAGUAUAAUGGCUAAAGUCUAAAGGAUGCUCAUCUUUGUUGGUUUGGAGUUUUGCAUUUUUAAAUAUUUUGUUCUUCACUGGGUGGCGCUAUUUUCUUUUUUUUUUUCAUUUG